CUCAGCGGAACACCAUCAGCCACCAACGGUCCUAGCAGCUGGGAAAAUGAGUGUCUCAGCCAGAAAGAGGAUCUGGAUGACAUGCGACAGCAUCAGCUACAACACGAUGGGUGUUGUUUUAGGUGCUGCGAUACAGCAGUGAACAUGGCAGGCAAAAACCCAUGCUCUCGUCUACAUUUUAAAUGGAGUUCACAAGGAAGGCAUCACUGUGCAGGCAACGCUGAGCAAAGACUUGAAGGAACAGAGGAAACAAGAUUCACAGGUGCAGUGAAUCCUAAUCCUCUGUGUGCAAGGCCAUGGCUGAGAAGGUCUCCAUGGGCAACAGCAUUAACCUUCCCUACAGAGACCUGGUUUCCGAGGUGACCAGGCGCAGAAUCACCAUGACCACAAGAGAGGAGAGAUUUACCAAGAAAAUUGAUGAAGCCUGGGAGAUACCCUCAGAUGUGGAUUUGGGACAAACCCCUCCUCCUAGUGCAGCCGGCUCCGAAGUACCCCCAGCCCCACCUCCCUCUCCAACUGAAGACUCCUAA